GGGACAGGGAGCCUCCCAGGGAUGAAAGGAGGAGGCUUGCAGCAGAGCAGGGAAAAGGUUCAGCCCUUUCCUGCAUUUCUUGGCUGAAGGGGUCUUAAGAUGAAGGGUCAGUGUUCAGAAGGAAAAAACCCUGAGAUGGGCCUAGACCAACAUGAACUCAGCUAGCAAGUUCAUGCAUGACGUGGGACUGAUAGACUUGUGUGGCUUAAGGAUCGUAUGUCUCUGUUUUCUCUCUCUCUGGGAGUGUGUAUUAAUGGGAUUGUGCAUUACUAAGUUGUGCAUUGCUGAGGUAUGCAUGGCUGAGUCUGUGUCUCUCUGGGGUUGUGAUCACUGGGAUUCUGUGACACGGAGACUGUGUGUACCUGGAGUUCUGUACUUUAGGAUUGGGUUGAGGGUUCCUGAGUCUCUAAGUUGGUUGUGUAGCCUUCAUGAGGUUGUACCUUGGUGUGAGAUGUGUGGAGUGUAUGAGAUGUGGAUUGUGAGUAUCCCACUGCACUGCUGAGGUGUAUGCACAUCUCCACUUGCGUUUCCUUAUGACUGCUUGGGCAGGGCCCACAGAACCCAACGUCCCCUCUGCACCUGGCCUCAAACAGACCAAAACAACCUGGUCCUGUGGCAUUCUGAGAUGUCGUUUUGGCUCUCUCCAUGGGUAUCCACUUGAGCCCCUGGAGUAUAGGUAGGGCCUGUGGCCUCUCCUUGCCAUCUGUCCCCCAAAAGGAGGGGAGAUGGAUGGUCCUGAGCCAGAAUCAUACCUGGAAAUCUUUUGGGGAGCAUACAACCUCCAAGCUCCCUGCUUGGGCCUGUCUCCAGUGACAGAUGGCUGGAGCCAGGCAGGGCCAGCUCUCAGUCAUUGCAGGCAUGACUUCCAGGACCCAAAAUAGCCCCAACGUCUAGGAAGGUCAUUAAUCACCCGAUGCAGCUGGGGGCUGCAGUGUCUUUGGCCUAGCUGGGAAUGGUGUGGGUCUGGGGGACUGAGAGAAGGGCUUUGAGGUCUUCACUGGCUGGGUUAACAGUGGUGGUGGGGGGUGGGACACAGGUAGACUGGAGAAGGUGGGACAGUUGCAUAGAGUGGGUUCCCCCACAAGGCAGUGUUACUCACAUUUGAACUGGGGGAGAUAAAUAAAUAAAUGAUAGGAAUAUCUCUGUGGUAAGAUUUGAGGGAUCUGGGGAAGGCCCACCUCAUGCCUCGAGAUAGUUUUCCCUUGAGUUCCCACUCUGCCAAAUUGCUUCCACAGAGAUUUUACUUUGAGUGAAGAGCUAAAUUCGUGGCACAGGGAUGCUUGGGGAGGAUGGAUCUAGCAAGUUUCUCACUGAACCCGAAGACUUGAGAAGUCUCUGAGUGGGGAGAAGGGAGAGCCUGGAAAAAUAACUCGUCCUUUCACUCCUGACAGACUCUGCCGUGGGAUGCCUGCUGAUUUAGUACCGUGAGUCCUGGCGAGGCUGGAUCACGGUCUCUGAGAGUUGAGAGUGGGAGUUAGGAAAAGGAGGCGCCAGGGCCAGGGCCAGGGCAACUGGCUGCAAGUUAUCAGUAGCAGGGAUCAAGGAGCGGCUGUUGUGGGGCCCCUUUCCAUUCAAAUAGUUUGGCUUGGCAUUCAAGGUUUCAUGGAAUUUGACCCUUUUUGAUUUUAUUACCCAUAGCUCCCUUACCUAAACUAAGCUGUAGGCCCUAGGAUUCCUUGACACCCCACACAUACUGGAGAGACUGCCUGAGGGAGCUGACAGAUCACUGACUCUGGUUAAACUCAUUAUUAUUAUUUGAGACAGAGUUUUGCUUUUUCAGUCAGACUGAAGUGGCAUGAUCUCAGUUCACUGCAACCUCCGCCUCCCAGGUUCAAGCAAUUCUGCCUCAGCCUCCUGAGUAGCUGGGAUUACAGGCAAGUGCCAUCACACCUGGCUAAUUUUUGUAUUUUUAGUAGAGACGGGGUUUCGCCAUGUGAGUCAGGCUGGUCUUGAACUCCUGACCUUGUGAUCCACCCGCCUUGGCCUCCCAAAGUGCUGGGAUUACAGGCGUGAGCCACUGCACCCAGCCAAACUCAUUCUUUAUUAGCAUGUCAGCUGUUAUCUUGGAAAAAAAUCACUCUUUUUUCCCACGAUAAGCAAGGAGCUUAUCUUGGCGGGGAGCUUCAAUUCCUUCAUCUGCAAAAUGGGUACACUACCACUCACUCUGACCAUGUCAGCUGUAAAAACAGGAAUAAUAGGUCCUACCUCUCAGGUUUAUUAUGAGGACUAAGUGAGAUACUACAUGUAAAGUAUCCAGGACACAAAAUGUGCUGGAUAAAUAUUAUCUCUUUAUUUGUUUAUUUUGAGAUGGGGUCUCACUUUGUCCUCUAGGCCGAAGUACAGGGGCACGAUCAUGGCUCACUGCAGCCUUGAACUCCCACCUCAGCCUCUCAGGUAGCUGGGACUAUAGGUGUGUGCCACCACGCCAGGCUAAUUUUUUUUUUUUUUUUUGAGACAGGUCUUGCUCUGUGGCUCAGGCUGAAGUGCAGUGGCGUGAUGUCAGCUCACUGCAACCUUCACCUACUGGGUUCAAGCAAUUCUCCUACCUCAGCCUCCCAAGUAGCUGGGAUUACAGGUGUGUGCCACCACGCCCGGCUAAUUUUUGUAUUUGUAGUAGAGACGGGGUUUCACCAUUUUGGCCAGGCUGGUCUCGAACUCCUGACCUCAUGAUCCACCUGCCUCGACCUCCCAGAGUGCUGGGAUUACAGGCAUGAGCCACCUCGCCUGGCCCAGGGUAAUUUUUUGUAGAGACAGAGUUUUGCCAUGUUGCCCAGGCUGGUCCGGGACUGCUGAUCCAACCUCCUCAGCCUCCCAAGUGCUAGGAUUACAGGCGUGAGCCACCCACUGUGCCUGGUCAAAUGUUGAUCUCUUUGUUAAGGUGGACAGUUGACAUUUGAGCCUGACCUCCCAGUUAAGAAGCUUUUGCUAUAACUCAUUUCAUAACCUGCCUGUAACAGCUCCUAUCACCUAUAGGCAUCCCACAAAUAUUUUUUGAAUUAGUAGAUUCCUUAGAGUUCUCUCAGUGAGGCUGUCUCUCCCUACCCAGUGAGGGCAUAUUUGGUUCACCUUCAUUGCACAAGCACUAGCUCAGAGCCUGGCACUCAAUUUGUGUAGGUCCAGAGUUUUUUUUGUUUUUCUUUUAACAUCUUUGCUCUCUCAGGAGGUUGGAAUGUAUUUGAGGAAACAAGACUGAUACACAGAAAUCUGGGUUCAAAUCUCUGCUUCAUAUCCUGUUAGUUGGGUGACCUCAAGCAAGGCCCUUUAUCUCUCUGUGCCUCAUUUACCUCAUUAGUAAAAUCGGUACAAUACUAUUCACUGCCCGUCUCACGGGGUUGUUAUGAGAAGCCAUCGAGAUAAUAGUGUUUGUGGAAAUGCUUUAUGAACUGUUAAGAGCUAUAGAAAUGUAAGGGGGAGUGUUACGUUGUUAAUAAUGGUAGCAGACACAUAUUCAGCAGUUACUCUGUGCUAGGUGUUAUUCUUUUUUUUUUUUUUUUGAAAUGGAGUCUUGCUCUGUCACCUAGGCUGGAGUGCAGUGGCACAAUCUUGGCUUACUGCAACCCCUGCCUCCCUAGCUCAAGCGAUUCUCCUUCCUGAGCCUCCUGAGUAGCUGGGAUUACAGGCAUGUGUGCCACCAUCCCUGGCUAAUUUUUGUAUUUAUAGUAGAGACAAAGUUUCACCAUGUUGGCCAGGAUGGUCUUGAACUCCUGACCUCAAGUGAUCCACCUGCCUCAGCCUCCUAAAGUGCUGGGAUUACAGACAUGAACCACCGUGCCUGGCCUGUGCUAGGUGUUAUUCUAACAACUGUCCAUGUAUUAUUUUAUUCCCCCCUCCUCAGCAACCAUAUGAGGUGGGAAACUGAGGCAUACAGAGGUUGAGAGCCCAUCCAGUUAUUGCAAGUUGCAAAGCUGGGAUUUGAAACCAGGGAGUCUGGCACCCUAUUCCAUUCUAACACUUACUAUUCUACAACACCUUUUACUGUUCCCACUGAUAACAUUACAGAAUUCCCUGCUGAGUUUUGAGGACUCUGCAAGGAAUUCAGUCAGAAUUUAGGUUACUGGUAGACCACUGAAGGCUGGAGGCUCUGAAGGGAAGGGAAUUUAAGCUGCCCCUAACGGAUAGGUAAGAGGAAAUGCAGAAGGGAGGGCAGCCCUGACAGAGAUGGUAAGAGCAAAAACACAGAAAUAGGAUAGAGUUUAGUGUGUUUGAGCUACAGUGAGGAGGCCAAACUGGCUGAAACAAAAGUAUCUACCCUGAUGAGGGUAGAGGGAAGAAUAUUGCCAGGGGUGGAAGUUGGACAGUCAUAGGGAGGUAUUUGCUGGUUUCAUCUGUAAAUCAGUAACCUCUAAGAUGUGAGAAAUGGCAAGCAAUCCCUAAAUAGACUUUUUCCUAGGGGAAAGGAGUGGAACAGACCAAGCCUAUUUGAGGUCGGACGCGGUGGCACACGCCUGGAAUUCCAGCACUUUGGGAUGCCGACGGGGGCAGAUCACUUCAGGCCAGGAGUUCAAGACCAGCCUGGCCAGCAUGACAAAACCCUACUUAAAAAUAUAAAAAUCAGCUGGGCGUGGUAGUGCACGCCUGUAAUCCCAGCUAUUCGGUGGCUGAAGCACGAGAAUCGCUAGCACCACCGCACUUUAGCAUGGGUGACAGAACGAGACUCUGUCUCAAAAAAAAAAAAAAAGAAAAGAAAAGAAAAAAAAAGCCUAUGUGAAGCGUCAUCUUCUCACCCCUUCCCUGGAUGGGGCAGGUCAGGGAGAAGGAAGGGAUAUGGUACUGUGUGAGGUUGGACGCGUGCCCCCCGGUGGUGGCUGUAUAGAACUGCAGAUCAGCCAACCUCUACCGGGGCCUUAGGGACUGGCCCCCACCCCACAAAUUGGGCUGAGACACAGUCAUCUCAGAGCCGGACAAGAGGGAGGGCUCCUUCUGGGGCCAAUCCCCCUAAAUUGGGCCUCCUGGCUGGGCCAGCUUUCUAAGAAGGGAGCCAGUGUAGUGUGGUGGUUUAGAGUGAAGGCUGAGUCAGACUGGGUUAAAAUUGAAGCUCUGAUCUUGAAGAUUUGCUUAACUUCUCUUUGACUUAGUUUUACCACCUGUAAUAUGAGGAUAAUAGUACUGCCUUCAUAGGCUUAUUGUGAAAAUUCAGUGUUACAACACCUGUAAGCACAUAGCGCAUUAUCUAGUACAUAGUGAAUGCUCAGUCACCGUUAGCCAGCAGCGGUAGUAAUGGUGUUACUAACCCAGAGGCCCUAGUCUUGUGGCUCAUUGGCUCUGUAGGCCUCUCCCCACCCCUUUACACACACAAAUACCCCACCAAGAAGAGGCAGGGAAGAGGAGGGAGGGACUCUGGGGAUGCUGGCUGGGAGGGGCGGCUCCCUUAGAGGGUUCAGAUUUCCCUCCUACAGCAGCUGGGCUUCUCCAUCAGCUCAAUAACAGUUCCUAAGGAGCAGGCAAGGCUUUGGCAUCUCCUGGAUGAGGUCCCAGCCACAUAAGGAACCAGCACAGUCCCCCCUCCUCUCCCAAGAAACUUGGGUCUCUUGACCCCAAAGGCAGCUGCAAUAAGUCCCCUCCCCAGAGGGUCCUGAUGGGGUUAAGUGGCCUUUUUCUGCCUAGGCUACUACUGUAUCUUAUCCCCCCUCCCUUGGGCCUCAGUUUCACUGCCUGUGGCCUGUGGGAAGAGAGUGCUUCCCUCCUCACAGUCUCCAUGGCAACCAAAUCGAUAUUGGUGAUAUCCUCCUAGCAGGAGAGGUCACUGCCUUCUCCGCCAUUAUUCUCAUACAAUUCCAUGCCAAUACAAUGACACAACAGUAGACUCACCCUCCAAAUUAUACGACACAUCCAUACCUAACAAACUUCAGACCCACAUCCUACAACCCUACUAAAACACAGGAACCUCACUCCCCAUGCACAUUCACAUAUACUUCAACACACUCCCACACAUGCAGACCAUAGACACCCAGCUCACAUACCCAUAUACACAAGAGUCAAAAUGCAUAACCAUACGCCAAACACACACCUCUGUGACAGGUGCACAGUCACGUGUAAGUGCACAAAGACACACAUAAAGGGAGACAUACGCACUGCCAUACUGACAAACACAGGAAUAGACACACAGGAAAACACCUGGCCACCACAACAUAUUCUGACCCAUGCAUCUGAUUACUUAUACAUGUGCAGAUGGUAGUUUCUCACGCACAUACACCAUGCCCUUCCCUGCCUUCUCCCUAAGCUCAGCUCCUCCCUCUGCCCCCUCCCUUUGGCACAGAGUAGCCACAGGAUGUCUAGGGGAAGCACUUCUCAGGGACAGAGGCGGGUCACUGCCCCCUCCCUCCUCUGGCCCAUAUCUUGUCCUGUCCUGGUCCAUAUUCUUUGCACCAAAGGUUCCCGAGGAGGUGCCAGUCCAAAGGCUGAGGUGGCCCUGCGAAGAGGAAGAGGCUGCGGCUGUGGUUGGGAGGCCUGUGGGGCAGAGGCGGGGUGAUGGGGGAGAGGGAGGAGAUCCUGGGAGGGAGAGGGGGAGGGAGGCUGCAGGCAGUCCUACUCAGGCUGGGGAGCCUGAGGGGGAGGUGGUGUGAGGCGGCGAACCGGCGUGUCUGAACCUGGGCCCUGUAGGGGCCAUGCCCCAGGCCCACCAUGAACCUGGAAGGGCUGGAGAUGGUCGCUGUGCUCGUGGUCCUCGCUCUGUUUGUCAAGGUGCUGGAGCAGUUUGGCCUCUUUGAGCCUGUCUCCUUGGAAGACAGCGUGGAGGAUGAAUUUGAAUUGUCCACCGUGUGUCACCGGCCUGAGGGUCUGGAGCAGCUGCAGGAGCAAACCAAAUUCACGCGCAAGGAGUUGCAGGUCCUGUACCGGGGCUUCAAGAACGAAUGUCCCAGCGGAAUUGUCAAUGAGGAGAACUUCAAGCAGAUUUACUCCCAGUUCUUUCCUCAAGGAGACUCCAGCACCUAUGCCACUUUUCUCUUCAAUGCCUUUGACACCAACCAUGAUGGCUCGGUCAGUUUUGAGGACUUUGUGGCUGGUUUGUCCGUGAUUCUUCGGGGAACGGUAGAUGACAGGCUUAAUUGGGCCUUCAACCUGUAUGACCUUAACAAGGACGGCUGCAUCACCAAGGAGGAAAUGCUUGACAUCAUGAAGUCCAUCUAUGACAUGAUGGGCAAGUACACGUACCCUGCACUCCGGGAGGAGGCCCCAAGGGAACACGUGGAGAGCUUCUUCCAGAAGAUGGACAGAAACAAGGAUGGUGUGGUGACCAUUGAGGAAUUCAUUGAGUCUUGUCAAAAGGAUGAGAACAUCAUGAGGUCCAUGCAGCUCUUUGACAAUGUCAUCUAGCCCCCAGGAGAGGGGGUCAGUGUUUCCUGGGGGACCAUGCUCUAACCCUAGUCCAGGCAGACCUCACCCUUCUCUUCCCAGGUCUAUCCUCAUCCUAGGCCUCCCUGGGGGCUAGAGGGAUCCAAGAGCUUGGGGAUUCAGUAGUCCAGAUCUCUGGAGCUGAAGGGGCCAGAGAGUGGGCAGAGUGCAUCUCGGGGGGUGUUCCCUACUCCCACCAGCUCUCACCCCCUUCCUGCCUGACACCCAGUGUUGAGAGUGCCCCUCCUGUAGGAAUUGAGUGGUUCCCCACCUCCUACCCCUACUCUAGAAACACACUAGACAGAUGUCUCCUGCUAUGGUGCUUCCCCCAUCCCUGACCUCAUAAACAUUUCCCCUAAGACUCCCCUCUCAGAGGGAAUGCUCCAUUCUUGGCACUGGCUGGCUUCUCAGACCAGCCUUUGAGAGCCCUGUGGGAGGGGAACAAGAAUGUAUAGGGAGAAAUCUUGGGCCUGAGUCAAUGGAUAGGUCCUAGGAGGUGGCUAGGGCUGAGAAUAGAAAGGCCUGGACAGAUUAUGAUUGCUCAGGCACACCAGGUUAUAGCUCCAAGUUCCACGGGUCUGCUACCACAGGCCAUCAAAAUACAAGUUUCCAGGCUUUGCAGAAGACCUUGUCUCCUUAGAAAUGCCCCAGAAAUUUUCCACACCCUCCUUAGUAUCCAUGGAGAGCCUGGGGCUAGAUAUCUGGCUCAUCCCUGGCAUUGCUUCCUCUCCUUCCUUCUUGCAUGUGUCGGUGGUGGUUGUGGCGGGGGAAUGUGGAUGGGGGAUGUCCUGGCUGAUGCCUGCCAAAGGUUCAUUUCACCCUCCUUGCUCAUCGUCCCUGUUUUGAGGGCUAUGACUUGAGUUUUUGUUUCCCAUGUUCUCUAUAGACUUGGGACCUUCCUGAAUUUGGGGCCUAUCACUCCCCACAGUGGAUGCCUUAGAAGGGAGAGGGAAGGAGAGGCAGGCAUAGCAUCUGAACCCAGUGUGGGGGCAUUCACUAGAAUCUUCAAUCAACUUGGGCUCUCCCCACCCCCCCAGAUAACCUCCUCAGUUCCCUAGGGUCUCCUCUUGCUCUACUCAAUCUACCCAGAGAUGCCCCUUAGCACACCUAGAGGGCAGGGACCAUAGGACCCAGGUUCCAACCCCAUUGUCAGCACCCCAGCCAUGCUGCCACCCCUUAGCACACCUGCUCGUCCCAUUCAGCUUACCCUCCCACUCGGCCAGAAUCUGAGGGGAGGGCCCCCAGAGAGCCCCCUUCCCCAUCAGAAGACUGUUGACUGCUUUGCAUUUUGGGCUCUUCUAUAUAUUUUGUAAAAUAAGAAAUAUACCAGAUCUAAUAAAACACAAUGGCUAUGCA